GAGUCUGCACAAACGCAACAGCACCAUCAGUAUCCUCCAUCAACCGAAUCUUAAGAAACCGAGCAGCCGAAAGAGCAGCGGCCGAAUUUGCACGGGCAGCAGGCUACGGCCUUUACCCUCCGCAUCCGUACGCAGCAGCGGCAGCCGCUGGGGCAGCGGGAUACCCAUGGCCAGGACACGCACCCACGCUAUGGCCGUCGGCCGCGGGUCACGGUCUGUCGGGUGCCCCGGGACACGCUCAUGGACUCCCUUCGUCGGCUACCGGGGACGUCGGUCUCUCUGCAAGUCUUUUGCAUAGGUCGAGCAGAGGCGGUUCUUCGCCGGAUUUGGGGAAUAGAAUGAUAGAUGUAGAUGGAGAUGAUGGUGGUAGUUUAGACGGAGAACAACCAAAAUUCCGGCGCAACCGGACAACUUUCAGCCCGGAACAACUGGAGGAAUUAGAACGCGAAUUCGACAAAUCUCAUUAUCCUUGCGUGAGCACGAGAGAACGAUUGGCGAGUCGCACGUCUUUGAGUGAAGCUCGAGUCCAGGUUUGGUUUUCCAACAGACGAGCGAAGUGGCGACGACACCAGCGCAUGAACCUCCUAAAACGCUCUUCGCCUCAAUCCCGCAAUGUCAUGUCAGCCUCACCUCAGUCGCGAAGCCACAUGUCCUCACCUCAAGGGUUUGCGUCAAGGGGGCCGUCAUCUGGUCACCGGCCAGAUUCUGCACAGAUGAUGCACGCGACACCACUUUCGGGGAUGGUGCCACCAGUGAUGGGUGGAGAAAAUAGUGCGUUCAGGUCACUGGGAGGCGUGGGUCAGGGUAGAUGUUUGAGUGAUUGUGCAGACAUUUCCGAUUGUGAUUCGGAUGAAGAAAUUAAUGUCAAUGAUGAGUCUGAUUGUGAAAUGGAUGACAGGACAAAAACUUUGGCGAUGGAGUCGAAGAUUUUGGGCAUGAGGAAAGAUCAUGAUGGAAACGGGAAUUGCACUAAUGCAAAUGCGAUGAUGCAACCGUUGCAGCUCACCAAACAUGAUAGGCAAUAA